AUGCGACGUCGGCAGAAUAGCUCAUUGAGCUCAUCAUCUCGAGGACCUCCACACCACACACGGCGAACCUCGAAACUAUCACAGGAGCCCAUCGAGCCAAAGUCACCACACGUCUCCGACAAGUUCUUGCAGAGCUUUCUGUCGCCAUCGUUCGAUGCCGCCGACUACCUGAACUCCUCUCUCCCUCCGCUUCAGGCCCAUGUUUCCUCGAUAACGCCGAGUCAGGAAGGGGCCGUGCCGCUGUCUGAUUUGUCUUCGCAGGCGCAGACCUUGUUGUCGCAACUGAACGCGCAAACAACACGCCUGACGAACACACUGACGCAAUUGACCGAUGAUAUAUUAAGAAGUGGGAGCAGGUUGGCCUAUGAAGUGGAACUAUUGAGGGGCGAGACGCUGAGUCUUUCCGAAUCCUUAUCGGACGGGCUGCAUGACGACGUCGUCAAGUUUGUUCCCAGCGGGCUACAAGAGCACGCCGACGUCAAGCCCAACGGUGCAGCCGAAGGAACGCAAAGGAGGACAUCUGCGCCAGUAGUUCCAGAUGGCGCCACGGACACGGUCGCGGGGCAGGAUGUGGUGGAGGACCCUGCGUACAUCACGCACUUGCGCACCUUGACGUUGGUACGCGCGCGCUUGGACUCUGUGAUCAAGACUUUCGGAGACGCCAUGGAGUUUGUCUUCCCGCCGUCGGAGCUUUCCGUCAGCUCUGGCUUCUUGUCCGUCUCUGCUCCAGAUGCAGGGGGGCAUGACCAUAGCACGGAGGAAAAGGGACAGCAGGUGCUCAGGCAGCUCAGGGAUGAGAUAUCUGACCUCCUCAAGAGCAAAGACCCGGUGGCAGGCGUAGAGAAGGCGACGCUCCGAGUCGAGGAAUUGAAAGAGCUGAACGAAAUCUGGAAGGGCACGGCCGAGGAGAAGGGCAGGGCAAAAUUCAUAGACAGCUUGGCCAAAUUGGUAGAGGACAGACACAAGGAGUUGCUGCGAGAAAUGGAGCAGAACGGCAAGCGCGAUACCCGGGUUGAAGUCGAGAGCAGCCCCCGAAAGAGCACAGAAGGGCCUACGGAUACCAGGGGGGCUACAGGAUAUGGCUUCAUGAGCCAGCUUCAGAAAUUGCGAAGCGGUUUAUGA